AUGUAGUUCUUCAAACCUAAAUAUUCUGCAUUUUUUAGUGAGAUUAUAACCAAGAAAUAAUUUAACAAAUGCUGUAGAUAUAAUUAGGACUAGAAAUCUAUAUCACCAAUACAAUUAAGAGUAUUAUAUGAAACAAUGAAACCUAUGAAUGAAGGUAUAAUUAUUGAAAUUAAUUGAUUAUGAGAAUGGAAAGUAACUGAUUUAAGGUUGUAUAAAUAUUUCUAUACUGAAGAUUAUUUGUCUGAAAUAUAAUUCAUAAAAGAUGUUUCAAAAAUAGAUUCAAUUUCAACUAAAAAUUGUCUAAUUAUACAAUUAGGAGGAGGAGAGCUAAUUACAUUAGAAUUGUAAAAAUAAGAAAUAUCAAGAUUUUCUCCGUCUUUGAAUGGACUUUCUUAAGUUGAUUUCGAUUUAGCAAUUAGAAUUAAUCAAAUGAAACUUUAAUGAAUAUUUCUUAAUUGAAUUAGAAAGUUUAGAAAAUUAUAAAAAAAGAGGUUUAAGCCUAUAAAUUGAUAAAAUAAGCUGAAUUAAUAUAUUAUGAACUUGCACCAACUUAAAAGUGA